AUGAUCAAUAUUCAUCAUCAUACAAUAAUUCACAUUAUUGGCAUGGAAAUAAUUCAAAUUCAUAUGAUAUUUAUGGUUCAACAUUCAUCUCAUACACUUUUACAACAAAAUGAUCAAUUAUAUGGUUUAGAAAAAUUCUGGGUAUUUUUAAAAUAUUCUCGACAAAAACCAAAAAUCAAUUCAAAACUUGAAGAAAUUUUAAAAAAUUAUAAAAAUCUUGAAGAUUUUCGUGUUGAUGGUGCAUCAUUUCCACAACAAUUUUUUCCAACAAAAUCAAAUGUUUUAGGAAGAAUUGAUAUUGGUUUAGGUAUUGGUGGUGGUGUGAUUAAUUCUAUACUUUAUAAUGUUGAUGAUGAUCAUCGAGAUAUUAUUUUUGAUCGUUUUCAAGGUGUUAAACUAGAUGUUAUUGAAGAAGGAACUCAUUUUAUGAUUUCAUGGUUUCAUAGACCAAUUAUAUUUGAUAUUCGUACACGACUACGAUCUGUUCCAUCGAUAACAGAAAUAAAAGAUUUACAAACAAUUAAUAUAACAUUACGUAUUCUUUAUCAACCAAGAGCUGAACUUUUACCAAAAAUUUUUUGCAAAUUUGGUUUUAAAAUCUGUUGUACUAAGUCUCAAUUUGAUGCUAUUGAAUCGGUUACACAACGUACACUUAUUUCUCAAUGUGUUAGUGAAUUAUUAACAGAACGUGCUGCUCAAUUUGGUUUGUUACUUGAUGGUAUUUCAAUUACACAUUUAAGUUUUAGACCUGAAUUUACAAGUGCUGUUGAAUUAAAUCGAAAAAGUAAAUCAAUAAGAAUAAAAUUUACGGAACAAAGUCGUCAAGCAAAUGUUAUUGCAGCAGAAGGUGAUGCUCAUACAGCUGAUUUGAUUGGGAAAGCUUUAGAUGAAGCUGGUGAUGAUAAAUGUUUAAUCGAACUUCGACGAAUUGAAGCCGCUGAAGGUAUUGCAAAUCAAUUAUCAAAAUCAAGAAAUAGCGUCUAUUUACCACAUGGUCCUCAAAUGUUACUUAACAUUAUUGGCGCUACAACUCAUUUUCAACUUGUUCUAUCACGUGAUCAAGGUUUUAGUCGACAAAGGUUAUUUACUGCAGUCCCAUUAAUUAAUCAAUAUCCUAUAGGUUCAAUUCUUCUUGAAAAUCCAUAUAAUGCUUUAAGAAAAUCACCAGAUCUACUUCAUUGGUAUCAAAAAAUGAAAUUAACAUCAGCUAUUCUACAUGAUUUUUCUCUUGGUGGACAUAUGGCUUCAUUAGCAUUUACAAAGUAA